UUUCUCUUCCAAAGCCCAUCAUUUGCGGGUCUUUGAAAAUGACCCGGCCCAUAUCUUGCAGACCGGACUUCCGGGCAUGGGCGGAUGACGGAGACGCAGAUGGAGGAGGCCCGGAUGACUAUGACAUGGACGAAGAUGAGGUGGAGGAGGUCGACAACAAGAAGGAUUUCGAUGUCGAUUAUGACACCGCCGCCGCUGUAGCCGUCGCCGCCGCCGGCCAUGGCGGAGAAGAUGACAUUGCAAUGGUGCAUAGCAAGAGUUUCGUGUCCACUCAGGGUUGGGACUCCGAGAAAAUAGUUGAUUAUCGCAUAAAUGAAGAUGAAUUUCAUAAAAUUUGUCUUUUGGAUUGUGAUUUUUUCAUUCGGAAGCCUCCUGAUCCCGACAAUGACGUGUACGAUUUUCGGGAGAUGUAUGUCACCCCUCCAGACACAGAUAUAUAUGCAAUUCCAAAGGUUCUUGCACCCAUGCCUCAAAAGUAUAUUCGUUGUGCACAGAGUGAUUAUGGGUGCUACAAUGUGACAGAGCCACCAAUUGAUGCGCCUCGAGACCCCAUGUACAAGUCUGAAAGGGAAGUCUUGAAGGUUUUCCUGACAAAACACUACAGGAACCGUCGAUUGGGUGAUCCAGAAUUUGCUCUGGAUUUUGAGGAGAUCUAUGUAAUUGAUUCAAAAACAAAAUCAAUCACAAGGGCGAAAGUUGUGGUGACAGUUCCUGGAGGAAGUGAGCGAGAUAGAAAAAAUGAUUUGCUGAUUGUUCGUGAUAAUGGGAAUUCCUUUAAAAUAAUUCCCUCGGGCGAAAGAGAUGAUCCAACCACAGUAAUAGAGAAGGAAGAGUGGAACAAAACUAGGCAAGAUAUGGAAAAGCACCUCAGAAAGCUUCGGGACUUUAGCGUCUCAAAUUGGUUUUAACCACGCAGUGCUUGGGGAUAGGAAUAAUUGCACGAGAUGCUGAAUGACAGAUAAAUGUCCUGCCUUCUGAAUCAGUGUUUUUUGGUGCUUUAAGUGCAGUUUCUGUGCAUUGUAGAGUAUGUACUGAUCGAAAAUAUUGGUAAAUGUGUCUGAUCUUAUUGGUGUUCAACAUAUCUUCUUCAGUGCAUUGUGCCAGCGACAACUGGGUUGAAACCACUCUUUAUACCUGCUCAGGUCAAAUAGGAAGAUUAGAGGUGUUGAGAUGGAGGAAAGUAAGGGCGGUAGUAAUAGAUAUACAGCGAGGAGUUGUGUGACAAGGUGGUACUUGUUUCAUCAUAUCGUUGUAUUGAGUUUAGUAUUGUUCUCAAUGAAUGCAUUUUUUCCCAAGCCUUAGCGGGAGGGUUGCUUUGUAA